AUGGUUGGCCGCGGGCCGGAGAAGCCAAAGGCUAUGAAAAAUGGCAUCGUCUAUACCCGGGAUUUCGAAAUUGUUGAGAUGAGUGAACUGUCUGCCGAUAAGUCCAAGAACCAGUUCUCUACCACAACCUCGUUUGCAGUGUCCGCAACACCACGGCCGACCAAACUGUCACGCCAAAAGUCGCUAAGUCGUCGCUGGAUAGACAGCUUUCGACGAGUCCAAGGCGUGCCAAUAUCUGGUCACCAUGGCUAUCAUAUCAAUGAUGGAUUACCAGAACCUGCCCAAAUUGCAGAUCGGUGUUAUGACGUCCGAGCAGCAAACGCCAGAACAGCCAAUUCUGGCCUGGCUCGUGAUCUUAAGGGCCGGCAUCUUCAGAUGAUCGCCAUUGGCGGUUCCAUUGGUACUGGUUUAUUCGUAACAUCUGGAAUGGCGCUCUACCAAAGCGGACCGGCCUCCAUGUUGCUUGCGUAUCUCAUGACCGGUAUCCUGCAGUUUUGUACCAUGCAGAGCAUGGGUGAGCUGGUUGUGACGUUCCCCGUCGCUGGAGCAUUUUCUGCAUUGUCUACUCGAUUUCUCGACCCAUCUUGGGGAUUUGCCGUAGGCUGGAACUACGCCUUGCAGUGGCUUUUCGCACUUCCGUUGGAAAUCAUCUCUGGCGCCUUGACCAUCCAAUACUGGAAUCAAGACCUGAGCAAGUCUAUAUUUGUUACUAUAUUCCUUGCAACCAUUGUAAUUAUUAAUCUGUGUGGCAUUAAGGGAUAUGGCGAGGCCGAAUUUCUCUUUUCCACAGUCAAAGUCACGGCUAUUGUUGGAUUUAUUUUGCUUGGAGUCGUUAUCAACGUUGGCGGCACACCACACGGUGGCUACAUUGGAGGCAGAUUCUGGCAAGACCCCGGCGCAACAAAUCACGGAUUCAAAGGAUUUUGCAGUGUAUUAGUUGCGUCUUCCUUUUCCUUUGUUGGCACAGAGCUUGUCGGCCUUGCUGCAGCUGAAACCGCAAACCCGCGAAGAUCACUUCCUAGUGCCAUCAAACAAGUAUUCUGGAGGAUUGCUAUUUUUUAUAUUGUUGCACUCCUCCUUGUUGGAUUACUUGUCCCUUUUAACGAACCUCGUCUAAUUGGCGGCGAGAGCUCUAUUGCUGUCUCGGCGAGUCCAUUCGUUAUUGCCGUCGAAAGCGCAGGCUCUACUAUUUUGCCCAGCGUCAUGAAUGCCGUCAUCUUAAUUGCUGUACUUAGCGUCGGAAACUCGACGGUAUUUGGUUCAUCGAGAACGCUUGCCUCGCUAGCCGAACAGUCUCAUGCCCCUAAGAUUCUGGCAUAUAUUGAUCAAAAAGGUAGACCAUUGAUGGCCAUUUUGUUCGCCUCUGGUCUCGGGCUGCUUGCCUACCUCGCAGAUGUCAAAGUCCAUGCCGAGAUUUUUGACUGGCUGUUUGCAAUUUGCGGUCUUUCAAGUCUAUUCACUUGGAGCAGUAUAUGCCUAUGCCACAUUCAGUUCCGUCGCGCCUGGGCGGCCGCUGGUCAUACUCUCGACCAGUUACCAUUUCGAUCACAAGCCGGGGUCAUUGGUUCGUUUGUCGGCCUCAUAGGCAACAUUCUGGUACUGGCGACCCAGGUCUGGAUGGCCGUUUCUCCCGUUCAGCUUUCCGACGCUCCUGUAUCAUCUACUGCUGUUGCCAAGAACCUGGUGCUCAAAAUCAUGGCAGUGCCUAUUGUGCUCAUAUUUUACAUUGGCCAUAAAAUAUGGUUCAGGACACGGAUUGUGAAGGUGGAGGAUAUGGAUAUCGACACCGGACGCAGCUUUUCACGGCUACACAACAUGUACACAGACGAAGAGGAACUUCGCCAGACAUGGCCCUUGUGGAAGCGAUGGUACAAGUCGCUCUGCUAG